AUUUGAAGUUUUCUCUAUUCUAAAAUUAGAUUUUCUUCUUUACGGGGGUUUGAAUGCUGUUCGCCCCUAACACUUGAACGAACUGUACUUUCAGAAUCCAAACCACGCGCCACCCCCACAACAAUGUCCUCCACUGCCGCCACUGCCAGUAUAUCCACCACGUCUCUCACAACACAUCUCACUAUCCUCGCUUUCCUUUCCGCCACCACCGUCUACUGCUUCUAUAAAUCCAGCCGCCUCCGCCACCUUAAACUAUCCUCCCCCUCCACAAACCCUAAUCCCUCUUCUGCUACUCGAAAAGGAAAACUAUUCUUCAUCUCUCAAACAGGCACCUCUAGGACUCUAGCUCAACGUCUCUUCAACCUAUUGACCUCAAAUAACCUCCCAUUUGAACUUGUUGACCCAAACGUCUAUGAGCCCGAAGACCUCCAUCAAGAAAACCUAGUUUUGAUCAUUGCAUCGACAUGGGAAGACGGAAAUCCUCCAUCCAACGGCGUUUUCUUGUCGAAUUGGUUGUCGGAGAGCGCUGAGGACUUCAGAGUGGGGUCACUGUUGCUUAGCAAGUGCAAAUUUGCUGUAUUUGGGGUUGGCAGCCGAGCGUAUGGAGACAAUUUUAAUGCAGUCGGAAGAGGGUUAUCAACGAAAAUGCGAUCUCUUGGAGCAUCGGAGAUUUUGCCUUUUUGUGAAGGGGAUGUUGAUGAGGGUGAAUUAGAUAAGGCCUUUGGUAUUUGGAGUAAAGAAGUGAUUAAAGUUUUAAAAGCAGGUGAAUUGAGGGGAAAUGGGAAUGAUUUAAUUGAGGAAAAUGGUUAUGAGAUGAUCGAUGGAUCAGAUUACGAAGAUGAUGAUGAUGAUUACGAGGAUGAAGAUGAAGAAAAUGGGAUGGAAUCUGAUAUUGUUGAUUUAGAAGAUAUUGCAGGCAAAGCACCUUCAAAGAAAGAUAUGGGAGCAAUCACAAGUAAUGGAAAAAAGAAUGGGCAGAAAGAAAUGGUAACUCCAGUGAUCAGGGCUAGCUUGAAAAAGCAGGGUUAUAAGAUUAUUGGUUCACAUAGUGGUGUUAAAAUAUGUCGGUGGACUAAAUCUCAACUCAGAGGACGUGGAGGUUGUUAUAAGCACUCCUUUUAUGGAAUCGAGAGUCACAGGUGCAUGGAAGCAACACCAAGUUUGGCAUGUGCAAAUAAAUGUGUCUUCUGUUGGAGACAUCACACUAACCCUGUUGGAAAAAGCUGGCAGUGGAAGAUGGACGACCCUUUGAUGAUAGUGAAUUCUGCCUUAGAAGAACAUAAGAAAAUGAUAAAACAAAUGAAAGGAGUUCCAGGUGUUACAGCAGAGCGCCUAUCAGAGGGUUUGCUACCUAGGCAUUGUGCCUUGUCACUUGUUGGGGAGCCUAUUAUGUACCCUGAGAUCAAUUCACUUGUGGAUGAACUCCACAAAAGGCGAAUUUCCACUUUUUUAGUGACAAAUGCACAGUUUCCAGAAAAGAUUGUGUCACUGAAACCCAUCACACAGUUAUAUGUUAGUGUAGAUGCUGCAACAAAGGACAGCAUGAAGGCAAUUGAUAGGCCACUUUUUGGGGACUUCUGGGAGCGCUUUGGUGAUUCAUUGAAAGCUCUGAAAGAUAAGCAACAACGGACAGUGUAUCGUUUGACACUUGUUAAAGGAUGGAACACAGAGGAUGUGGAUGCCUAUUCUUCCCUCUUUGGCAUUGGAAACCCUGAUUUUGUUGAAAUCAAAGGUGUUACCUAUUGUGGAACGUCAGCUACAUCAAAGUUGACUAUGGAAAACGUGCCAUGGCAUGCUGAUGUGAAAGCUUUUUCUGAAGCCUUGGCUGAAAAAAGCAACGGGGAUUAUGAGAUUGCUUGUGAGCAUACUAUGACAAGUUUCAUGACUUGGUGGCUUCGGGAGAACCUUUUGGGAGUAAUGAUUACAUGGCCCCAACUCCAUCUUGGACUGUUUAUGGAGCCAAUGAAGGCGGGUUUGACCCGGACCAGUCUCGCUAUAAGAAAGAGAGGAAUCACAAAUCCACCCGUUGACUUUUCUUUCACCAGGCUUCUACAUUGCUUUUUGAAGGUGGUUUUGUUUGAAGGAGGUGCUUUUUAAGGAAAAACUAUAAUAGUAAUAGGUAUGUGAACUUUUAAUAAAAUGAUAUUGUCGAUUUACAUUUGAGAGAAGAGCAACUGUUGAGUAUUUGUAAUAGAAAUGGACCUUUUUAUGUGGA